AUGUUCAGGCCGUCGGUGCGGGGCCGGUUCAGGAUCUCCAGGGACAACGGGCAGAGCUCGGUGACGCUGACCAUGAACAACCUCAAGGACGAGGAUUCUGGCGCCUAUUUCUGUGCCAAAAAUGCUGAUGGCUGUUGUGCCGGUGCUUAUGCUGCUGAUGCUCUUGGCCCCAGUCACCAGCCCCUCCCGCUCCUCGCCCUCCUGGCCCUGCUGGCCCUGCCAGGGCUCCGGGCGGCCGUGACCCUGCUGGAGUGCGGGGGGGACCUCCAGCCCCCCGGGGGGUCCCUGACUCUGCUCUGCCGCGGGUCUGGGUUCAGUUUCGGGAGUUAUGGAAUGGCCUGGGUUCGUCAGAGCCCCGGGAAGGGGCUGGAAUUUGUUGCACGGAUCUUCAGCGACGGUGGCAACGCCGCUUACGCGCCAUCGGUCAAGGGCCGGUUCAGGAUCUCCAGGGACAGCGGGCAGAGCUCGGUGACGCUGACCAUGAACAACCUCAAGGACGAGGAUUCCGGCGCCUAUUUCUGCGCCAAAUGUUCUGACAGUGGAUGUUACAGUAGUUCUGGCGGUGCUGGUGCUAAUCCUGGUUAUAUUGACAAUGCCGGGCUCCGGGCGGCCGUGACCCUGAUGGAGUGCGGGGGGGACCUCCAGCCCCCCGGGGGGUCCAUGGCUCUGGUUUGUCGCGCCUCCGGAUUCAAUUUUGGGAGUUUCUGGAUGGCCUGGUUCCGCCAGAGCCCCGGGAAGGGGCCGGAAUUCGUCGCAGGGAUCAACCCCAAUGGUGACUACACCGAGUACGCGCCCUCAGUCAAGGGCCGGUUCAGGAUCUCCAGGGACAACGGGCAGAGCUCGGUGACGCUGACCAUGAACAGCCUCAAGGACGAGGAUUCUGGCGCCUAUUUCUGCGCCAAAGAUGCUGUUGGGCUCCGGGCGGCCGUGACCCUGCUGGAGUGCGGGGGGGACCUCCAGCCCCCCGGGGGCACCAGGUACGCGCCAUCGGUCAAGGGCCGGUUCACGAUCUCCAGGGACAACGGGCAGAGCUCGGUGACGCUGACCAUGAACAGCCUCAAGGACGAGGAUUCCGGCGCCUAUUUCUGCGCCAGAUGUGCUGGUGCUCAUUUUAUUGACGGCUUCAACCACAAGAACCGGCCCUUGGGCAGUGGCACGCAUUCGGUGUGGGCGCCAUCGCUGUUGGUGCUCACAACGUAUUCCAGCGCCUGCCCAUGGCUCUGGCGGAUGCAGAACAUUCCCAAAACUCCUGAAAUUUGA